GGCUCCUUUAUAUCAUCUCAAGUCUCAAACUUCUAACAUGUCAUAACACUAUUCUCUUCACUCUCCUUCUCUCUUCAUCCUUCUCCUUUUGUGUAACUUUUUUUCUUUGAAGCUUCUUGUGUUACCUUUAACCUUUAUAGAUUCUAAUACAUAUACUAGUUCUGUAGCUCAAGAGCUACUGUACAAAGUUGUUGGUUUUAAAGGAUGAGUGCUUCAAAGUUCAUUAAAUGUGUCACAGUUGGAGAUGGAGCUGUUGGGAAGACCUGUAUGCUCAUUUGUUAUACUAGCAACAAAUUCCCCACUGAUUAUAUACCCACAGUGUUUGACAACUUCAGCGCCAAUGUUGCUGUGGAUGGGAGCAUUGUCAACUUAGGACUAUGGGAUACUGCAGGUCAGGAAGAUUAUAGCAGGUUAAGGCCACUGAGUUACAGAGGUGCAGAUAUAUUUGUCUUAGCUUUCUCGUUAAUCAGUAGGGCAAGCUAUGAAAAUGUUCUUAAGAAGUGGAUGCCAGAACUUCGUCGAUUUGCUCCCAAUGUUCCAAUCGUUCUUGUUGGAACUAAGUUAGAUCUUCGCGAGGACAGUAGGUAUUUAGCUGAUCAUAUGGGAUCUAAUGUCAUAACAUCUGCUCAGGGAGAGGAACUAAGAAAACAAAUUGGUGCAGCAGCUUACAUAGAGUGCAGCUCUAAGACUCAACAGAAUGUCAAAGCUGUAUUUGAUACUGCAAUUAAGGUUGUUCUUCAACCUCCGAGGAGGAAGGAGAUGGCAAGGAAGAAAAGGCGCAGAAGGUCUGGCUGUGGAAUUGUGACUAUUGUCUGUGGAGGCUGUGCUGCCUAGUCUAUGCUUAAGCUGCUGUGGAUAAUAAGUGCCCCUCCUUUGACCGGGAUUGUUGUUUUGCAAAUGCUUUUUGGUGCUGAUUCCUGACAGCCAUUUACAUAUCUAAACUGGCUAAUGUUUGUACUUCAGUUGCAGUAACAUAGUUUGAACUAAGAAAUUUUUAGCUUCUUUCACAAAUUGGGCAAACGAGAAUGGGGGGAAUUGUUCAUUCUCUCAUGUAUUGUUACUAUGUAAAUUACGCUCUGUGGUUGUUGUUAAAGUGAAUGCUGCUUGCUUAUGUACUAUUAAUUAUUCAUGAAAUUGUCGAUCAUUUUGUAGCAGAAGAAA